UCCGCUUUGACAGUACGACGUACCGAUUGUGUUUUGGGUGAAAGUAUGUGGAUGUUCGCAAUCGACCGAGUACAUACCUUGUUUCAUCUAUAAUAAUUAGUUUCCCUCCCUAAAGCACCGAUGGAAAUAACACGUGAAUUAUUUCCUGAAUCACCUUGUCGUCAGUGAAUAUUAAAACAUACUCUACAACAGUGAAUUUUUAGUGCACGCCAAUCAAGUGUGAAAAUUAGUAUGUCUAUCAAUUGAAUUGAAUUUGCUGCUCUCGCUGCUCCGUCUAUUGUGAUGAUCUUUGACGCGUGAUCAGUCGGUGUUUGCCUUUAGUUAUGAUUGUGUAGUGGAUGUAGAAGGUGGAAAAUUUUCGCAAAAUUUGUGCUGUACUGGAGCACACAGAACAAGGUUCCAAGCAUUGGCGAUUCAAUAUGGAACGAGAGCUGUUGGAUUAGAAGUUUUUAUUCAUCUAAAUAGCCCCGAUAAUUGGAUAAUGGAGGUGUUAGUCAUCGCAGAAGAGUGAAAAACAUUUAAUUAUAGUUCGUCUCACAAUAAAAUUUGUGCAUGAACAUCAAUAUCAGCGCAAAUUUGAAAAAGUUGGUGGCGUUUUCUUUAUUGUAUUGAUUUUUCGACGCAUGUGUUAUGCUUCGUUGAUCAGUAUCGUUGAUGUGCAAAACCUGAUCGGUCUCCAGUGAGACGAACAACGAGUAAAUAAGCAUGGAUAUAAGCAUUCACGAAGCGGAUGAUGGAAAUGCAUCGAAAGACAGCGGAAAUUUUCUCAAAGCAUCGUCACCCACGUUUUCACUUCCACCAGCAUCUUGCUCUGUUACCGGCAGGGACAGUUACCCGUCAGUGCCAGUGGAAACCGUUUCGUCAACGAGAGCGAAAGCGUCGUUUAUUUGUGACCUAGAUUUGCACUCAACGGUGGUCGGUGGGAAGGAUCGCCCCUAUCAUCACCAUCUGUUAGUACAGCAUCAUCAACAAAAUCAGCACCACCACAAACUACACAAUUUCCAACUGAACGGUGUCGCUGCUAGUAGCAUAAACAAAUCUCCCACCGCCAACAGUAUCGACAUGCGAGACAACUACUGCUUCUACCGGUUGCAACGGUUUGUCUCGCGAAAUCCGAUGCUCAACUACCUGCUGCCACUGUGCGUGAUAGCGGUGCUAGUGUUUGUGAUCUAUGCCUUCCGGGAUUAUGCCAAAACGUUGCUGUUUUGGAUCGAAACUCAAAAUUCGUGGAUCAUAUUCUGCAUUGUCCUGAGCCUGUUCACAAUCGUCAGCUUUCCGGUGACCGUUGGUUAUCUGGUACUGAUCAUCAGCAGUGGUUAUCUGUUUGGCUUUAUCAAGGGCCUGCUGACGGUGGUCAUUGGUGCCAACUUGGGAGUGGCCAUUGCGCACAACACCAUCAAAGGGAUGCAGUCAAAGCUGCCGUUACAUAAGUUAAUCAAGAACGAGACUGCCCGUGCCAUCCUUCGAGUGAUAUCAGGACCACGUGCAUUUAAAAUAGUAUUAUUUGCCAGACUGACACCAAUACCAUUCGGGCUCCAGAAUACAAUCUUUGGGCUCAGCGCGGUUAAUUCACGAAGUUAUCACACCGGAACGGUGAUAGGGCUGCUACCGGCGCAAACCAUCAACGUCUAUCUGGGCUCGAAGUUGCGCUCGAUUCAUGAAGUGCUCAACGACCACAACGCUGCUCUUGGACUCGCUGGAUAUGGCGUGUUUGUGGUUGAGGUAGUUGUCGGUGCGGCCCUUAUGGUUUGGGUAAUACAGAAAGCGCGUACAGAGCUGUCCGCUGCCUUGUUGUCCGAUAUGGAAACAGACGAAAAGAUACUGAUCGAAAUCGAAGCGUGAGAACUGCAAAACCAUGUCGACAUGCGCAGUUAGACUGCUAGCUGAGAAUCUACUCGUCUGUAGCGUUGAAUGAAACCUUGUUCGAUUAGUGUAUAUUUUAGUAGGGUAGAACCACAAACAAAGAAUGAGUGAAGUCGAGUAUUUCAAACAAACACUACCGAUAAGAUUUAUCCUGGGGAGAACUAUUUAAAUUCGUAAUUAAAAGAUAAUGUUGUUUUGUUCCUAUGUAGAAAGCUGA